UUUAUGUCUAAUAUGAAAAACAAUCACUUCAUACCCCGAAGAUUACAAUGCAGCGACCUUGCAUGCAAACAACACAGAUUCUACUUCUGCAGAGACCACCAAGUCUAUUCCUGUAAAGGAUGCGCCAGCAAAAUGCAUUACAAAUGUCAAAUUGCUAUUAUCCAAGACCUCACAGAUCUCAGAACUGAUAUCAACGAAGUUCAGAAACAUGUCUUGAGGUUUCAGGAACUGGCAACAGAGAAUGGGUUGGAAGUGUAUCUUCCAAACAUCAACAGCGUCAUCAAAGAUUAUCAGGAAGACUUGACUGAAAUUGAAUGAAAGAUAAAUGAAGCCAUUGCUCAUGACCACCAUGAGCGAUAUGACACUCUCCAGCUAAGUGUAUUUUAUCAGCUAACACUGGCAUAUAGGAUACAGAAUCGCAUGGCCAAUGAACAAGUCAUCAAAGAUAUUUUGUUCCUGUCCACCACUAGAGAUGCGAGUAGAUAUGGCCUUCCGAAGGUUAGUGAUGAAUUUUCUUCUGCUAUCAAGGUCGAGCGUACAAUUGAGGCUGUUGUCAAGCAAAAUAUCAAACUAAUGGAGAGGAAGUUAGAAAAAGAAGCUAAAAAAAUUGAACAGAAAUGAAAAGACAGACUCAAAGAAGAGUAUAAGGAUCAAGUACAAACUCUUCAAGCUCAAAAUGAAGCCAAGGAUACCGAACUUGAAGAGCAAAAGCAAGCAACAGAAAGAGUACUCCAAGAUACGGAGGAUAUCAAACAGCAAAAGGAAGAAGCCCUUGAUCAAAAUCAAACUCUUUUAGAAGAUAAGACCAAGUUGGAGGAAGACAAAGAGAAUCUCAAAAGGGAGCUUACAAAGAAAGUGGACGAAAUCAAGCAAGCUCAGCAACAGAACGAGAAAAGCCAACAAAGAGUCUCAAAACUGAACGAAGAAUUAAAAGAGAAUAUGGUAGAACUUGAAGAAGCCAAGAAAAAGAUUGAAGAACAAGUCAAAGAUUGUCAAAAUAUCUUCAACUUUGAAUCCCAAGAACUUAGAUUUGACAUGAGUUCAGAAUGCGACCAUCAGAUCAUUAAAGCUAUGAAUACCUUCAAGCGUUCUCUUGGUGACAUGAAAAGACUUAUCAUUGACUGGAUUAAAAAUGAAAAUGAAUCUCUGAAGACAUUCCUGACUCACUCAGCUCCUUCUUCCCUUCAAUCCUUUGUGUUCAACAGUAAUUACAAUAUAGAUCUGGAUGGAAACCCUGAAUCCCCAGUCAGAAUAAAGUUCUACCUGGAAAGCCUCAAGGAGGUGUUGUCCAAAGUUACUGAAGAGGUUUAUUUGGAAGCUUUGGAAAUUGAUGACACUGAUCUCAGCCAGAUUUUCAAGUCUGCAUCUAGUUCAGAAAGAUUGAUUAUUAGAUUUAGCAAAAUUUCAACUUCAGAUUCUCUUGAUUUCUCGUCUCCUAGCCAAUCUAAGCUCAAAUAUCUCAGUUUUUUUAACUGAGCAUGUACCAGUUGGUGCUGUAUGAAUUGGGAUGAGCAUCCUGACAGGUUCGAAAAGAUCAUAGUUGCAAUCAAGAAUUCCUCUCUCAAGGAUUCCCUUCUACAGAUCAAUGUUGAGGGAUGCAACAUUGAAAUUGAUCAGGUCAAUGAGCUUCUGGCAGCUCAUGGUCUCUCUAAUAUUGAGGUUGUCGAAGAAGAGAAUGAACCACUUGAAGAUUAA